GAACUCGAAUUAAAUAGGUUACAAGCCCCAGUGGUGGCCAGAGGAUGUUAUUUGGAGAAAUCCAAGUAACAAGUCUGCAGCAGGACCAAAAAUGAAAUCUGCAGAGCUGGCAUUGGUUUUGUCUGCAUACCGAGAUUGGUAUGAAUCCAAUGUGCAACCAGCGGCUGAUAGUAACUUGUUACCAGAGGAGGUAGAGUUAAUGGAGAAUAUUUUGAAAGAAAAUGAAGAAAACAGUACGAUGAGCUUUUCUGAUGAAGAAUACUGCAGCAAUGUCUUGUCUGUUUGUCAAAAGUUAUCCUGGAGGGCUCUUGAGAUAUGUGCCCCCGUUAUAAUUGGAAAGAUGUGCGGUGACGAUGAACCCGCUAUACAUGAGUCAUAUCCGCAUAACUACAUUGGCUUAGAAAGGCUUGAUAAAAGACUUUAUAGUUUCAUUCCACCAUUUAAUACAAUGUUGUGUGAGGAUGGAACGGAGUUAGAACCAUUCCAAGCGAGUUCUUUUGGUAAUUGCUUUUGGUGUACUCUUUCCAUACAUCUGGCAGGGAAUGAAAGCAAACAGAAUUUUCUUCGCUUGGCCUCUGCCCUAAACGGGGUGGUUAUUGCACAAGACUUUAUUGUUAAGAUAUUUGAACAGUGUAUCACGUUUGAUGAUGCUUUGCAAUGGUCGAAAACUGUUUGCAGUACAGAAGACACGUCUGAAACCACAAUUAUGGAGGUUGUUCAUGAAAGUUAUGUUUCUGAAGUUAAGGAAACAUUCAGAAAUUUUAGGGACAGUGGGCUAUUACAGGUGUAUUUGGCCUCCAAUUAUUUAAGAAGACCGAUCAGGCAGUUUUGUUUGCUUCCUGGUGCCGACCAUUAUCGCAGUCGAGUAGAGCCUUUGCAGCGGCAGAAUGAGGAAGAGAAGAAAAAAGCAAUAGAUGUCUUGUGGGUUCCUCUUACUGUUGAGCAUGGACAACGUAAUCAAUACAAUCACAUUGGAGCAGCACCAUAUAAAUUGUGCAUGUUCAACAGUAAUAUGAACCUACAUUUUUCAAAUUUAAAAUCAGACUUGGCACAAUGUGAUUUGUGUCAGGAGUGGUAUCACGCCUGCUGCCUUGGCCAAUCUAUACGCCACAUCAAUAGAAUGGAGAGAUUUAGUUGUGGCUGUGAUGCUUUGCCUGGAGAUGCUAAUCAAAUAACUACAAAAAAUGCGGAGAUUUACAAUGAUAUGGACAUGUUCGAAAGAUGUUUAUCAAAGAAAGAACUGAAGAUGAUAGCAAAGAACUUUAAGAGGAACGUAAUUCCGUACUUGAGGGCAGGAGCUUCUUCUCAUGCCAUCUCUUCCUCAGAGGACAUGAAGAUAUAUCUGAAGUCUCUCGAUUAUGGGCCCGUCAUGUCAUCUAAUAUGGUACAAUCACUAUUUGACGCUUAUCUUCCUGUUGUAAAUGGAAUUCGGAUUGAAGAUGCUAACACAUUCCUUCAAGAUGUGCUUCUUCCCGAGGCUAUUGUACAGGUAAUCCGCAAGGCAGAGGGUCUAAACUAUUUUAGAGCAUGGUUGUUCUAUGCCAAAUGCAAGUUGCAUUCCUGUCCGCAAUUGAACGUAUAAAUAAAACUGAGACACUAGGUUAUAUAGUUAGUUUGUAUAUACGAUAUAUAUAGUAUGUAUGAUGUAUUUUGAAUGAACGUUUCGAGUUUA